AUGGCUCCCAAGCGGCGGUCGACUGGAGCCGCCAAGAAGGCGGCGGCCAAGGGGCCCGCCAACUCCAAGGCUGAGGCCACGGCUGAGCCUGAGGAGGUCCAGACGGAGGACUUUGCCAUGGAGACCGGGCGUGAUGCUCUCAAAGACGCCCUGGACUGCUUGAAGAAGAAGAAGCUCUUUCCGGCUAAGGCUGAGAAGGUCGGCAGUCACCCGGUUCUUCCAAAUGGCUGGCAGGGCUCCAGCCUGAAAGAGGCAUCGACGUUUAGUGUCUGCAUUGGCGACCUCGACCUGGAGUGCCUGGAAGUUCCCUCCACUGUGGAGCUGGCUGAGUCCGCCGAGUUCUGGUUUGGAGCUGGGAGGACCGUCGAGCAGAUCUUCGUCUCAGCUACAGUGGUGGCUGAAACGAAGCAAGGGCAGAUCGCAGUAUCGCCUGAGGACUCCACGAAGAUUUCUUCGUUGGUUUUCGCAUUCGGCAAGGCGGCGACAUCGAUGGACCAUGACCUGACUGAGAGGUACAGGCGCUUGUCCACACGAGUCGUCGUGUCGAUGACUCGCGGCCAUGCCCAAGAUGCGGCAACGAUGCUGCUCGACGUCAUACAAGGGGCUGAAGAUGUCGGCCGCAAGGCGGUGGAAUGCUCAAAUGCGAUGCCGUUCACUCUGGCCAGCAGACUGAGCAGGACCGUGGCAUUGCCUUUGGCAGGUGUAGUUGGUAGCCGCACUCAUGCCAGGAUCCGGGCCGCCUUGGCUGCCCAACAGAAGGCCUCCACUCACGAGGAGGUGUUCUUGUUGCUGAAGAACAUCCGCUGGAACGGCGAGGCCUACAAGGUGAAAACACCGGACCAGAUUCAAAAGCUGACCGCUAUGCUUGAGAAGACGAAUGCGGCUGGCAUGAGUGAAGCGAUGAAAGCAUGCCAGUAUGUGAAGAAUACGACCACGUGGAUUGGCAAAUGGAGCAUCGUUGUCCGCGUGCAGCUCGUCCUAUGA